CGCGUUGCUCCUGCCGGCCUCCAGGAGGGACCAACAAGGAGGAGGGAAGGAUAAGCAAGAGACUUGAAGCUGGCGAAGUUUCCUGCCGAUGUUCAGGAAAGUUAUUUGAUGUGCCUAAGCAGCUAGGCAUAAAAAGAACUAUGCGCAUGCCCGACCCAUGGUUAAGGCAUAUGAAUCUCCAACAACUUGCAAAACGUAUUACAGGAUGAGCAUUCUGCUAAUUGAAGCUUUUUAUGGAGGUUCACAUAUGCAGCUCAUGGAUCUUCUCCAAGAAGAAAUAGGAGACUGUGUCCUCUUUACUCUUCCAGCAAAGAAAUGGCACUGGAGGGCAAGGACUGCAGCACUCUACUUCAUGCAAAAUGUACCAGCCAGUGCGGAUUACAGGAUCCUCUUUGCAAGCUCAGUGCUUAACCUGACGGAACUUAUUGCCCUUCGGCCUGACCUUGGCAAAUUGAAAAAGAUCCUUUACUUCCACGAGAACCAAUUGACAUAUCCUGUCCAGAAAUGUCAGGAAAGGGACUUCCAGUAUGGAUAUAACCAGAUUAUUUCAUGUUUGGUAGCUGACAUUGUGGUGUUCAACUCUGCCUACAAUAUGGAGUCAUUUCUAACAUCAAUUGGGAAAUUUAUGAAGAUGAUGCCUGACCACAGACCCAAGCAUCUGGAAAAGCUAAUCAGGCCAAAGUGCCAAGUCCUUUACUUUCCACUAAAGUUCCCAGAUGUGAGCAGGUUUAUGCUAAAAAACACACUGUCCCAUACUGAGGAGGCACUAGAUGAUAAAGGAAUUGGAGAUACAACUUUGCUUAUGGAGAUGCCUUUCCAAGAAAAGAGGUGUGAAACUGCAGGUUUCAAUAUCAACAAUUUAGACCAAAGACCUGGACAUUACAAAGCAGAGUCUGGAUUUUGUUGCCAGCGGCCAGAGAGAAAGCAUCUUUGUCAAGGAGAAGAUAGCCAAUGUGCAACUCCUCUUGAUCGCAAGGUGGGCAGCUGGAAAUAUCAGCAGAAACCUUUGCACAUUGUUUGGCCUCACAGAUGGGAACACGAUAAGGAUCCUGAAAGUUUCUUUAAAGUGCUGAUGAAACUGAAAGAAAUGGAACUGAAUUUUCAUGUAUCUGUCCUUGGAGAAACCUUCACUGAUAUUCCAGAUAUAUUUUCAGAGGCCAAAAAGACGUUGGGAUCAUCAGUCUUACACUGGGGCUACUUACCCAGCAGAGAUGACUAUUUCCAAGUUCUGUGCAUGGCUGAUGUGGUCAUCUCCACAGCUAAGCAUGAAUUCUUUGGUGUGGCAAUGAUAGAAGCGGUGCACUGUGGCUGUUACCCACUCUGUCCGAAUGCUUUGGUCUAUCCAGAAAUAUUUCCAGCUGAAUAUCUGUAUUCUACACCUGAACAGCUUAUUAAAAGGCUUCAGAAUUUCUGCAAGAGGCCAGAUAUUGUAAGGAAACAUCUCUAUAAGGGUGAAACAUCUCAGUUUUCUUGGGCAGUGCUCCAUGGUAAAUUCAGGUCUCUACUCACAGCAGAACCCAGGGAAGAUUUGUGACAGAUGGGCUAAGUCACAAACUUGCAGCCGGAAGCAAAAUCAGGAGAACUUUCCAGAGUGUGUCCUUAUUUACCUGAUCAGAGAGAAACAGAAAAGAUGCAGAGGAAGCUCAGCCUGGCUGCUUGUCAUAGCUGACACAGAGCCAUCUGCCACAAACCUGUGGCGGCUUCAGAUCUCCAAUCCCUGCCACCACUCCAGCUUAAAUUAAAUGCAGAUUCUGAGAGACGUUACGAUGGUUACACAUGUCCUCGGCAUCACAGGCAGGAGACUGAAAAAAUAAAUGUGGCCUGUUGUAUAACUAUACUCAUGUAUCCCAUAUGUGGUGCCACAUUGAAUUUCCGGUGGAAUUUGUUUGUAUCCUUUGUACUGGAUAACAUGGAGCCUGAAUUCUUUCUCUUUGCAGAAGUGAUGGCAGCCAAGAUUGCAACUUCAAACACUUGCUUCUUGGCCAGCUUUCUACCUAGACUGCCAGGUUAUCAUUGAAGCCUUAUUGUGUCCUCCAAGGGCCACAAGGUCUAAAAGGAGGACUAGCACUCACCCCCCACCCAGCUAAUGGGCAGAUCUCUAGGAAUUGUUCAGAGGCAAAGGUUGCUUUUUGCACUUCUUCCCACCUCACUAUCUCUUCCUCCUCCCCCCACCUCCUUUUGCAAAUUAAUGACUCCAUGGCACCAGGGCUUUUAAGUGAAGGUAUUAAUAAGGGGUCUGGCAGGUAUUCCCAUGAUUCCCAGAGUUACAUUUGCAUUGAAUUAAUCUUAAAGAAAGCUGCAAGAUAAACAGCUGUAAUUCAAACUAGCAUGGGAAAUAUGCUAUAUGGUGCCAUCUAUCCAAUGAAAUGAAAGGUUGGAUACUUGCUUUAUUUCUCUCAAGGUUGGAGAUCAGGCAGACAUCAGAAUGGUUCCAUAGAGGGGAGAAUGCAGGGUUUGGUUUGGUUUUCCUGUUAUGGCCUAUUCUGUUAUUAAGUAGGAGGGAUGGGAAUGAGAAAUUUGUACUCCAACUUGCAAAUCUGAGUUUUUCAUAAUAAACUAAUUGUAGUUCUAACAACGAAGCAACUGCAUUCAUUGCACACGCACACACACACACACACACACACAUAUAUAAAUAAUAAAGUACCAUUGAAGUUUUUAAUAAGCAUAUGCAAUUCAGGUAUAGGUGCAUAUAUUUAUCAGUAUGUAGAUCAGUACAUACCACCUUGUUUCAGGGUAAUUAAUAUAACUGGAGUUUUAUCUGAUGUGCUAAAAUCUGUUUUGCAACCAAUUAUAAAAUACUGCUAUUAGUGUUUCAGUUGUGUUCUGGACAGGCACACACAAGUAAGGCAAAUAAAAAUAUUAUGAGAUUGUACAGCUAAAUUACUCAAUUAUUUACAAACAGUUAUUCCAGCCUGCCUACACUGGGUAUUCCUAGUUUUCUUUUCUACCCUGAGAAAUGCUGGUCAUACCAGCACCCUGUGAAAGGAUUUUCUUUGCUUGCACUUUUCUACCCCUUUAUAGAAGAUCUUGCUGCAUUUUGAUAAUUAUCAGAGAAAUGCGCUGGGUAAUUCAUUCUGCUGGUAGUUCAUUUCUGCCCUAAACCCCAGCUGCUCCCUGCAUUUAGUCUGUGGCUAAAUAUAAAAUAUACAGGCAUCAGAUACAGUAUAUACAGAUAAAGUUGAAGUUGUGAGCAUUCCAGGAUUAUGUAUAGGUAAUGGUAAACUGGUUAAAGGAUUAGCUGUCUUGUUAGAGCUAUUUUCCAAAACCUAGCCCUACAAAGUACUUUGCCUGAGAACUGCAGUCCAAACACUUGGAAGACUUCAGGUUGGGAAGGCUGUUUUAAAAACACCCGCCAUGAUAUAAGUGUGCUUUCACAAUAAUAUGUAAUCUGAAACUGUAUUUGCCAAACUUCAUAUAAGAGUGAUCAAAAAAGACGAUUAAGAACUGUUGCACAUUCUGGCCUUCUUUGGAUAUGCCUUAACUGGGAUUUGUGAUUAACGUUAAGGAUAAGCUUACCUAUCUGCAGUCUGAGGUGGUAGGAAAAACUGACGGGCAGGAGAAAGAUUAAGUAUUAACUCCUUGCCAACUGGUUCUUCACAUCACAUUGCAUUCUCUUGACCAUCAUUUGAGCAAGUGAAGCAGGAGCCAGAUUCCCAUGCCAUGAUUGUAAGCUAGGACCCAUUGAUCUGCCUUACAUAGAAAUAGAAAUGUUCAUCACUCUCCCUUUACUUUGUCAACCCCGAUUUUGCAGUUAAAUAACAAAUAUAAUUAAACUUGUUCCUAAGCGCAGCUGCUCGGCUUUGUCUACAGAGGUUCCAGACCAGGUUCAAUCCUUACGAUAUUUUGUUUCAAAAAAAAUUAGAUAGCAGAUGAUGUGAAAUAUGUGUAACAGAUAUACAGGAGAAGCACUGCCGGUCUGAGUAAACAAUUCUAAGCUACAUGGACAAAAAGCCUAAACCAGUUCUGUUUUUGCCUUUUUGUCUUCAGGAAGGAUGAAUACAUUGUAUUGUAACGUACUGUACUGUAUUGCCUGAACAAUCAUAGUGCUGCAUGAACAAUCAUAUUCAAGUUUGGCUGUGUCUGCAUAUUAAGCCACAAUGCUAAGUUUGGGCUUUACAUAUUAUGUGAACUCAGACAUUGUAGUUUAUGCUAAAUCAUAGGACAUGACAGACAAUGUGUGAACUAAACCACUUAUGGUUUACAAACUGCUACAGUGUUGGUAGGAUGGGUUCUUGAUCAAAACAGUUCUGAUCAACAACACAUGGCAUGGAUUAAUUCCAGUUAAUCCAUGCCAUGUGUCAAUCAAUAUUUUGCUGUGCAGUGACAUAGAUAAAGUCAGAGUAUCCAGAGUAGAUACAACAUAUUAGAAGUUGUUGUUCAUUCAGUUACUUCCAACUCUUUGUGACCCACUGAGAUAAUGUCAUCAGGAUUGUCUAUCAGAAACGUCUUCCUUGAGACUUACGCUUCAUUAGUGAUAGUUUCUAGCUACUUGGUCUGCCUCUUUUUCAAAUUGUUGUUAAUUUUCCAAGUAUCUGGGUCUUCUCCAGUGAAUCUUACCUUUUCAUUAUGUACCCAAAAUAUUUAAGUUUUAGCUACAUUAUCAGUGUUCUUUCAUCUUCAGUGAGAUUCCUUCUUCCCAUCAAAGUGGUAUCUGAGGUUGUUGAUGUUUCUCCCAGCAAUAUUAAUUCUUAUUUCUACUUCUUCUAGUCCAGCAUUUCUCAUAAUACAGUCUGCAUAUAAGUUAAAUAAGUAAGGAGAUAUUAUACACCCUUGGUGUACUCCUUUCCCAAUUUCACAAUAUUUAAUUGCACCAUAGUCUGUUCUAACUGUUGUUUCUUGGUCAUCAUACAGGUUUUUUUAGUAGGGAGAUGAGAUGGCCCAGUACCCUUGUAUUUUUAAGGGCUACUCAGUUUGUUGUGGUGUACACAAUCAAAAGCCUUUACAUAAUCAAUCAGGCUAAAUUAGAUGUCUUGUUGAAAUUCUCUUGCGUUUUCCAUUUUUCUGUUGGAAAUUAGCAAUGUGAUCUGGGGUGCCCCUGAAUCCAGUUUGCACAUCUGGCAGUUCUCAUUCCAUAUAUUGUUGAAGUUUGGAAUGCAGAGUACCUCAAGUCUAAGUACUUCAGUAACUCUGAGGAUACUCAAGUAGAAGAUGGUCCAUGCUGUUUAUUCUCUUGCACAUCUAAGAAAUUAUUAUUGUUGGUCACACAGCCAGAUGUUUAGACUGGAUUUGG